AUGGGGGUGAAGCGGAGCCUUCAGACGGGGGGCACCUUGCUGGGUUUCUUGGCCAACAUCCUAACCGUUCUGUCCACUGCUUCCAACUACUGGAUCCGCUACUCUGGGGGCCACAGUGGCCUGUGGCAGGAGUGUAAAGAGGGCAUCUGCUCCAACAUCCCCUGCCAGACCAUGCUGACGGUGACAGGGGCAUGCAUGGUGCUGGCGGUGGGCUGCAGCAUCGUGGGUUUGAUGAUGGGGCUGCGCAUUCGGUGUCACGAGGGCGACUUGCGGGGCAAGAACACGAGCGCCAUCUUCUUCCUCGGCGGCCUCUUGCUGCUGAUCGCCUUGACAGGUUACACGGCGAAAAAUGCAUGGAAAGACGACGUCUUCUUCUCCUGGUCCUAUUUUUCGGGGUGGCUGGCUUUACCCUUCUCUAUUCUCGCGGGCUUCUGCUUUCUGCUGGCGGACAUGAUCCUGCAGAGCACAGAUGCCAUCAGUGGAUUCCCCGUGUGCUUGUGACCGCAGCUGCCUGGGACAGAAUAAAGGAAGGGCUUCCACC